UGUGGAUGUUGUAUCUAAUUGAAUGUUUACAAGUUUGAUGGUGACGUUGUUAUUGUUGUCGACACGAAAUUGAAUUGUUGUGAUACUUAUUUGUGAAGUGGCACACACAUAUUCCAUUGAUAAUACAGUGCAAUGUUGCAACAAGGAUAUUAUGAAGUUGAAAAUUCCGAUUGUGGAUCACAAUCGGGAAAUGAUUCGUGCAAUAACACACCGUUUUCGGUAAAGGAUAUAUUGAAUUUAGUGGAUCAGGGUGAUCAUUAUCUGGGAUGUCACAUGGAAAGUACUAUACUGCAACCGUCACAAUAUACCAGCGACUAUGGACUCUACACAGACACAUCGGUAUCGACAUCGGGACUCGUACAUUAUUACAGCAAUCCAAAUAGUUCAACAUACGAUUACAAUCAGUACAGCCAGCUUCCGUAUUCAUCUUCACAUUUUCCAUCCAAUGCCAGCCACACAUCUCCGCAUCCGAAUGACGUUUUUACCAAUGUGCAAUCGCUAGACAUAAAUAGUUCAAAUGGCAAAACAAGCCAUCACUUUAAUUGUAAUCUCAUGGAAGCAACAUCACCAACAACUGCGAAUAACACAAGUAUUGAACAUGUCCGAGGUCUCGUUAAAGUUAUUCACACGAAUAAGAUCAAAGAGGAGAUCGUUUCAAAGGAGCCCAACAACCAAAUAGUGACGUCAUCUAAAUGUGAAUUGCGAAAACACGCAAAAUUGCGAACAAAACGCAAGCCGAGAGUUUUGUUUUCGCAAGCCCAAGUUUUGGAACUGGAACGACGGUUCCGGCAACAACGCUAUUUAUCCGCUCCGGAACGGGAACUUCUGUCACAAACAUUGAAUUUGUCACCAACUCAGGUCAAAAUUUGGUUCCAAAAUCGACGGUACAAAUCGAAACGUUUACAAAUUGAGGGACAAAUCAAACCCGCUAAAACGACGCCGGAAAUUACCAUGGACAAGGUAUCGAAAACCAAACUGUUGGAUAAGUCACUGAAUCGCAAUUUACUGAGUUUGGAUAAGGAGGUCAGUCACGAGUAUUUCACAAACAUGCACCUACCGCCACCGCCAUCGUACCCGGGAUACUCAUUACACUAUGACCAGUAUUCGUCACACAUCAAUUCGAUUUGCAAUAAUUACGAUCAGAAUCACUUUUACUGAAUUUAAUUCGUUUUCGUGCAAUCUGUCGACAAAGCAAUUGUUGGGCAAAAUAUUUACGAGUCCGACUUAACGUUAUCUCAUUGACACAUUCACAAAGUAUCUCAGUUGAAUCCUCAGGACGAUUUUUAAUUUCAGUUGUGCUGAAUCUGUUUUUGUUUGAAUAUUUUAGUCUUUUUUACGUACUUGGGACAGCUAUACGUACUCUUCCGUUUUAGGACAUUUGUUAGAUGUGAGAAAAUCUCAACAAAAUCAAGACGAACAGUGCUACCUGAAACACAGGUUCUAUAGUGGUGCUUAUUCAAAUGCCUGUUUCAAAAAUUAUUUCGGUAAAUUUUAGACAAUUUCCUUAACUGCCUGAUAGCAUGGCUUACAACCGUAAAAGUACAGUUUCAGUAGAAUUGCAGUAGAACUUCUUUUGGUACAUUGAUGACUACGUGACUAAAUAGUGGGUGGACGUUUGAAAAUUUUUAAUAAAUUUCCAAAAAUUGUUGAUGAGAUGUGGUUGCCUCAUAACUAGAAAUGUUCAAACGAUCACCGAAAUUUUGUCUGAAAUUAUGGCCAUUUAGACAGACGCAAAGAUAUUAACAGCUGAUUCAGCUCGUCCACUCAUACAAACAAUUUAUACGUCUUUUUGUGGUUGUACCAGUACCACGCGUGUGCAAGUAACUAUUCCAUCCCUAUAAACAAGUACACAAGCUGAAGCAAAUUUCUAUCUUCUCUUUUCCGUUAGUUUCAAGAGACGAUGGAACGAGUAGUGAUCUGCUUUUAACAGAGACUUUAAUAAAAUAAACGAUGAGGUUUGGUUCUUAUAUAGCAGAACAUAUUAUAAGAACAUUGAUAUGAUAGAUUUUGUAUCACAAACAAAGUACUAGAUUAGAUGAUUUUGUUGCUGCAAAGGAUAUAAUAACUUUUUACAGAAUAGAGACAAUGGGUUUCAUCCCAUUGAAUAAAUAUGAUGACUUAGACUAUUGUACGCGCCUAUUAGUAAUAAUUCACAUUCAGACUAACUAUUGCUUUGUGGAUGGGAUGUUCAAAAUGUCGUUACGUUCAAAUUGUAAAUAAUUUUUUUUUGCGCCAAAAUGAAAUUCUAUUCUCCGUUAAGUUAACAAAAAAAAGUUUUUUUUUUUAAUAUUUUAAUAGACCGUAAACAUUGUAACGAAAAGUGCAAGUUAUUUUAAAAUAAAGAAAUCGAAGCUACUACUGUUU